GAUAUUGUACACGAGCCUCUUCCUGCAUUGAUUGAUUGAUUGCUCUUACACAUAUCCAGUUCAUCUCCCACAAAAUACCAAGCGGCCGCAUUUGGAUGCAACAUACAUACUCACUACCUUCCACUUCACCUACCUACCUACUGACUUAAUAUACCUUCUUGUCAUCUUUGAUGGCACUGAAUAAAGUACCUUCCUAUUAAAACUACCUCAACCAGUCCAGUCAUUACUACCCACCUUACAUCUCGAGAAGCCUCCUUCCUCGAUAUACAUUCUUCUCUUAUAUUAAUGCAAAGAUGUCGGAGCACGAACAUCAAAAACAUCUUUCCGAUUCUGAAGAAGAUUCCAUAAUGGAAGAGAGAGAGGAGAAAAAGGGAAAAGACGAGAUAGAGGAGAAAGACAAAAAAGACGAGAAAGACGAGAUAGAGGAGAAAGAGGAGAAAGAGGAGAAGGAGAAAGACAAAAAAGACGAGGAAGAGAGAGAGGAGAGAGAGGAGAGAGAAGAGAGAGAAGAGAGAGAGGAUACAGUUGAUCAGAGUUCUGAUCAUGAGAGUGACACCUUCGAGGAUGCCAAUGAUGUUGAAGACAUUGCAGACACUCUUACCUCCCCAGUUGAAAGGACAAGAUCUUUAACGAAACGAAGAUCAUCAUCCAUUAAGAGCAAUACACAAGACCUCAGUACCGAUAUCCCAUCGGUCCCAACAGUACCACUUCCAGAAACGAAUGGCGAAACGAAUGACGAACAAAUAGAAUCCGAUAAUCCACUACCUAAAUCUCCCCUUUUAACAUCUCAUCGCAUGUCCACUACAUCCCUACAUAAUGUGAAUCUCGAAGACGGUGAUGAUUUUGGAUCACCUCCACCACCUCCUCCCGUUUCGAAAGUAGCACCAGAAGAUCAACCACCCGAAUUACCUCCAAAGCCCAAUACAAUAAUUCCAAUGCAGGGCCUUUCUGGAGCCCUUCCAGAUGUGCCAUUCUCACCGCCCCCUCCUCCUCCUCCCGCUCCUCCCGCUCCUGCAAACCUCGCUGCGCCAGCACCUGUCACCAGAAAAUUAACCAGCCCAUUCUCAUGGCUGUCGAGAAAUACCUCGGCUCCAAAAGAGAACGUCAAGUCACCGCCAUUACCUUCAUCUCACGCAACCGAGCGUAGACAUACCGCUUCUUCGAUAGCGACCAUUAGCAGCAAUCCUGAAAUGAUGGUAAACAAAUUGGAGGAGGGUAAUGAUACAGAUGCCGCGAAUGGAGUUAGACGACCUGGGAGGAAUAGUUUACGGGACAGGUUUAAGCUCGUGAGAAUGCGAGAAGAGGCUGGAAUAACAGAAUUGCCUGAAGAAAAGGAUGAAGCAGGCAACACAGCAUUUGGGGGUCUCAUUAGGCAGAGUACAAGUCUUGGUUUGGGAUUUACCGCCUCAAAUGAUGACAAAGACCCUUCUCCCGUAUCUCCUGGUCCGCCUACGAGUCCCAACCCAAUUAGUGUCAACCCUGCAUUAGCCCCCGGUACGGCAUCUGGAGUUUCUGCAGGCCCUUCUGCAUUGGGUGAAUCAGAAGCACCAGUCGAUUGGGAUUUGUGGCAAAAUGUCGUCUGGGAAGGACCAGCUGCGGUAGCAAGAACAAGUGCAGAAGAGCUGAAUCACGCUAUUGCAACUGGUAUACCACAUGCUAUCAGAGGCGUGGUAUGGCAAGUAUUGGCGGAGAGUAAGAAUGAAGAGCUCGAGGUUGUCUAUCGGAAUUUGGUCAAUCGGGGCACAGACAAGGACAAGGACAGGAUGAGUACAUCUAGUGGGACACAAAGCAAUGGAUCAAUCAAGGAGAUUGUGGUUUCAUCAGCAUCAUCAAUACAUUCAGAGAAAUCUACACCCGCUACGACAAUCACCAAUGGAAUGAGAUCUCCUUCUCCCCCUAGUGAAAAGGAUGUAGCCCAGUCUUUGGCUGAAAAGAAAAAGAAAGCUAAGGAGGAUGCGGCGGCAUUGACAAAACUCGAGAGAGCCAUAAAGCGGGACUUGGGUGCUCGAACAAGUUAUUCAAAAUUCGCUGCAAGUGCUGGACUACAAGAUGGAUUAUUCGGUUUAUGCAAAGCAUAUGCUCUUUAUGAUGAAGGUGUUGGUUAUGCACAAGGCAUGAAUUUCUUAGUUAUGCCUUUGCUUUUCAACAUGCCCGAAGAAGAAGCAUUCUGUCUAUUAGUACGACUUAUGAAUCAGUAUCACCUUCGAGAUCUUUUUAUUCAGGAUAUGCCAGGUCUACAUAAACAUCUUUAUCAGUUUGAGAGAUUAUUAGAAGAUUUUGAACCAGCAUUGUAUUGUCAUCUCCAUCGACGUCAGGUCACACCUCACUUAUAUGCUACGCAAUGGUUCCUAACUCUUUUCGCCUAUCGAUUUCCAUUACAGCUUGUGCUUCGAAUUUACGAUCUCAUUUUAAGCGAGGGUCUCGAGGCUAUUCUCAAAUUUGGAAUUGUACUCAUGCAAAAGAAUGCAGCUCAUCUACUCACCCUCCAUGAUAUGGCUGCAUUGACUACGUUCCUGAAAGAUCGACUUUUCGAUGUUUACAUUGAUGCUUCACCUUCAGCAGGAUCAAUUCUAGAAUCUGGUUUCUUUGGAAAUUCAGGAGCGACUAUCGAUAAGGAAGUUUAUCGAGCAGAUCAUAUGAUUCAAGAUGCUUGUGCCGUCAAAAUUACACCCAAAAUGCUGGAAACUUACGCAUUAGAAUGGGAGGAAAAGACCAAGAUAGAAAAGGAUCGUGAAGCAGAAUUAGAACACUUGAAAUCAACAAAUGUCGCCCUUACACACAAAGUUCGACGUCUGGAAGAAAGAGUCGAAUCUCACGAUACGGAGCACGCAGCUUUGGCAACUGAACUUGUUCGGACUAAGGUCGAAAAUCAAGAGAUUCAUGAAGAAACAGAAGUUCUUAAAGAACAAGUUAAAGAACUGAAAAAAGUAAUUGAUAAGCUACCGGAAGAAAUUGAAGCGAAAUUACAGAGUGAGAUGGAUAGAUUGAUGAAGAGAAAUCAAGAAGUUCAUGAAGAAAAUCAAAAAUUGGAGGAUGAAAUGAAUGAAAUGGAACAAAACUUGGUGGAAACAAAAAUGAAAUAUGCUGAGAUGAAUGCGGCCCAUGAAGCUCUAACUCGUAAAUGGACGGAUUUGAGAAAAGCUUUGGGUGAUUAAUAUCGUUACUUUGAGAUAUCCUAAAUUAUUAAAUACGACUUGUACAGUUCUUCUCAAUUGAUACCGAUGCCUUUGAAGUUUUUGGGGGGUAGGGGAGAGAGGCGUAAAUGCCUAUAUUGGGGAACGAAGGAACAAUGCUCUCGUUUGGAAGCUUGCUGGAUUUCUUGCUAGGUGGAGGGGAUGAUUGGGAAUCAAUCAGAUUAUACAGGUACUGCUGCAUUGGUACGCAAAUGGUAUAGGAAUUGGCGUGGGUUGUAAAAGUACCGGAGAAAUACUUUGGGUGCUUGCUUGUCUUGUUUCUCUCUCUUUUUUUUAGUCGUUUUAGCGAGUUGUGAUGUUGGUAGGAAAGAAAUUAAGAAAUUAUGGACGGGUAGGGGGAGUGGAGAGAGGAAGGGAGGGGGUGAAAGAGGGUGGGGGGAGGGGAAGAAAUAAAAAUUAAGAAUAAAUGAUCA